AUGGGUACCAUCUCGCACGUGAUCACCCCCAACAUCAAUCUUCAUGGCUUAACAACUUCUACCCGUUGUUCAUAUGGGUACUCUCGUCUCCAGACAUUGGUACCAAGCAGAGUCACCAAUAAAGUUCGCGUCUUUGCAGAGCUUAAGAGCCAAAACUUCACUCCCAAGUCCACCAAAGCAAUUGAUUUCAGUGACCCUGAUUGGAAAACCAAGUUCAAGGAGGACUUUGAGGCCCGUUUCAGACUCCCCCAUGUUACUGAUAUCUUCCCUGAUGCUGCUUCUAUGCCUUCUACCUUUUGCCUCAAAAUGAGAACUCCUAUGAUUAGAGACUUUCCUGGAAAUUGUCCUUCUUCUGACGAAUGGCAUGGAUUCAUUAAUGACAAUGACAGAGUGCUUCUUAAGACUAUAUACUAUUCAUCUCCUACAUCUGCUGGCGCUGAGUGCUUUGAUCCUGGUUGUAACUGGGUGGAACAAUGGGUGCAUCGAGCUGGACCUCGGGAAAAGAUAUACUUUAAACCUGAAGAAGUAAAGGCAGCAAUUGUUACCUGUGGAGGGCUCUGCCCUGGUCUUAAUGAUGUCAUCAGACAGAUUGUAAUCACACUUGAGAUAUAUGGUGUAACAAAGAUUGUGGGUAUUCCUUUUGGUUAUCGUGGCUUUUCUGACAAAGAAUUGACAGAAGUGCCGCUGUCAAGGAAAGUGGUCCAAAAUAUCCAUCUUUCUGGUGGAAGCCUGUUAGGAGUUUCACGUGGAGGACCAGGAGUCGGUGAAAUUGUGGACAGUUUGCAGGAAAGAGGGAUCAACAUGCUCUUUGUGUUGGGUGGAAAUGGCACACAUGCUGGUGCAAAUGCAAUUCACAAUGAGUGCUGUAAAAGACGGCUUAAGGUAUCUGUAAUUGGAGUGCCUAAAACUAUAGACAAUGAUAUUCUAUUAAUGGACAAAACUUUUGGCUUCGAUACUGCCGUUGAAGAAGCACAAAGAGCAAUAAAUUCUGCAUACAUUGAGGCACAUAGUGCAUAUCAUGGAAUCGGGAUUGUGAAACUGAUGGGUCGUAGCAGUGGAUUCAUAGCAAUGCAUGCUUCCCUAGCCAGUGGACAGAUUGACAUAUGCCUAAUUCCUGAGGUUGCUUUCAAUUUACACGGCCCUCAUGGAGUUUUGAGUCAUCUCAAGUACCUCAUAGAAACAAAGGGAUCAGCUGUAGUCUGUGUGGCAGAGGGAGCUGGACAGAAUUUACUUCAGAAGACUAAUGCUACUGAUGCUUCAGGGAAUGUUGUAUUUGGAGACAUUGGUGUAUAUAUCCAACAAGAGACAAAAAAAUAUUUCAAGGAGAUUGGUGUUCAUGCUGAUGUGAAAUAUAUUGAUCCAACAUACAUGAUCCGUGCUUGUAGAGCAAAUGCUUCAGAUGGAAUUUUAUGCACUGUACUUGGACAAAAUGCUGUUCAUGGUGCAUUUGCUGGAUAUAGUGGCAUUACAGUAGGCAUAUGUAAUACACAUUAUGCUUACCUUCCCAUCCCCGAAGUAAUAUCUCAUCCCAGGUUGUUGGACCCUAACAGUCGAAUGUGGCAUCGAUGCUUAACUUCAACAGGCCAACCUGACUUCAUUUGAUACUUCCAUAUAGUAUAUCAUAGGAACAUAGCUUCAAAAAAUAUUUUCGGUUUAUUUACCCAACAUCAUAAGUAUAAAUAAUACUGAGGAUGACAUUCCGUCCCUAUUCAAAAAAUUUACUUGUAUAGCAUGGCAAAUUCAUAGUCCUGCCAAUUGCAUUCAAAAUAAAAUUUGAGAGGAAUAACCAAGAUUUUUUCCCCCUUGAUUUUGAUCGACUUUGUGACAU